AUGGAAGAACAUGACCAGCAUCUCCUCCAACCCCUCUUAUCUGUUUCUUCGACCACCACCGCCGCUGACAAUGUAAAGUUUUCACCUACAAAUGCUUCUAUCAUUUCCCGGUUGCUUUCAGUAUUCUUCAUCGGUAUAAUUUCUAUAUGGGCAAACCAUGAAGCUUCAAAGGGAUUCGAUGUAAUCGUUGUCAAUGACUCCGAGGACUCCUUAGCAGGCAAACGCUUCGAGCUUCUUUACAUAUCAAACGACAAGGCCACAAGAAUUCUCCUAAACGCAAGCGCCUUUGUUGAAAACAUUCUUUAUUCAGAUACCAACCACACCAAGAAACAAGUUCGCCGUGUCACUCUCCGGCAAACUAACAAGAACCUGAGCCAAAUCGUCACCGUAGACACAAGCAAAACCGAUGAGUUUGUCAUCAACCUACGCCCUUCCAUAAUGGGAUAUGCACAUGUUAAUUCCGCAGUUAUCUCAGCAUUACAAUGUGGCUUGGCUCGAGUAUGGAUUUGGGACGGCGAUUCCAGGGCUCCAGCACCGCUCAUUGAUGGGUUGGUGGAGUGUAUAACCAUCUUGGCCGGAAUAAGUCAACGGAAAGAUUUCGUCGACGGUGGCGAGUUGCCGGAAUUUAGUCAUCUAUGCUGGGACGACAAAGACCCGAGCCUUGUGGCACAUUUUUUGGAUUAUUGUGAGGAGCACAAUACUGGAUUCAUCCAACGGCUUAAUCGGGCAAUGAGAGAAGGUUGGGAUAAUGGAACGGUGAAUAAUGCGUUAGGAAUGGACGCUAAAUAUUAUUGUGAUUCUUAUAAAAAUUUGUAUGAUUCAUCACUUUAA